UUAAAAGCCCUCAACAUGUGCAUUGAGUUGAAACAGGGAGUGACAUUCUUACCUUCCAUUCUCAUUUCACCCAACAAACAAACGCAAAAAAUGAUGCCUCAGAGCUCCAUUUUAUCCGGCGAGUCGCAGCUCUUCCAGACCUUGAAUGGCCUUCAACACCUCGCCGAAACUCGUCGUUUCAAGGCAUGGUUGCUAGAUCAAUUUGGAGUCCUUCAUGAUGGGAAACAACCUUAUCCGGGCGCAAUUUCAACUUUGAGAGUGAUGAGAGGAACCAUUUUCUAUUCUCUGUUUGGAUGACAGUAAAAAAGCUUGCAACUAGUGGUGCUAAAAUGGUGAUUAUAAGUAACUCUUCACGGCGUGCCUCGACAACAAUGGAGAAGAUUAAGAGUCUUGGAUUUGAUCCUUCUCUUUUUGUUGGAGCCAUAACCAGUGGAGAAUUAACGCAUCAAUACUUGCAGAGGAGAAACGAUGAUUGGUUUGCAGCAUUAGGGAAAUCUUGCAUUCAUAUGACCUGGAGCGACCGUGGUGCCAUAUCGCUGGAGGGCCUAGGUUUACAAAUUGUGGAAAAUGUUGAAGAAGCUGAGUUCAUUUUGGCCCAUGGCACUGAAGCCUUGGGGCAGCCUUCUGGUGCUGCUUGUCCUAUGACUCUUGAGGAGCUCGAGAAAAUACUGGAGCGUUGUGCUGCUAAAAAAAUUCCUAUGGUCGUAGCCAAUCCAGAUUUUGUGACAGUUGAAGCUAGAUCCUUGCGGGUUAUGCCUGGUACAUUGGCUGCAAAAUAUGAGAAGCUUGGUGGCGAAGUGAAAUGGAUGGGCAAGCCAGACAAGAAUAUGAAAACAAGGAGAUGGCAUUGUUGUUCUUUUCACUUCCUAUUCAAUUCUGGGCAGAUAAUUUAUGAAUCGGCUAUAGCGAUGGCUGGCAUAGAUGCAUCAGACUCUAUCGCUGUGGGUGAUUCCCUUCACCAUGACAUUAAAGGUGCAAAUGCAGCUGGAAUCCAAUCAGCCUUUAUAACAGGAGGGAUUCAUGCUACUGAACUUGGACUUAGCAGUUUCGGAGAGGUGGCAGAUUUAUCUUCUGUACAAGCCCUUGCAUCCAAAUAUGAUGCAUAUCCAUCAUACGUCUUACCAGCAUUUACAUGGUAGGAACUAUUGUUCACUAGUGAAUUUAUCUGACAAAAUUUAAUUUAAUUUAAUUUUUUUUUAUGUGUUGAGCUUAUGUUAAUCCAAUUAUUACAAGAUAAGUUCCGAUUACUACUUUGAUAACCACAGCAAAAUGGUGGAUCUGAUUUUUAAAAUAAAAGGCAAUUACAGGAACAAUAGAUUAUGUGCUAUUAA